AAGAAAAUGUUCUAUAUAAAUGCGCUACUUUUUUUCACCAUUGCAAAUCUGGUGCCUAUCUCCAAGUUUUAUGAAACCUUUUACAUUUAUUUGAAGUUAGAUGAUCUGCAAAAUUCGAACGUGACCUGCAAAGAGCUUUUGCCUUAUUUCAAUAGGUUUCCUUUCGACAUCGAGAAUCACUGCACGGCCGCUCUUCUCAUCCAAUACUUUCCCAUGCAAUUCUACGUGUUUCAAAUUGCUUGUUACGAUCUUCAAUUUACCAGCCUCUGUCUGUACAUUAGAGCUCACUUUGUCAACAUUCGAGGAGCCUUCAGGACGAUUAGAGCGAGAUGUCUUCACAAUAUGCGAUUACCAAGUAAUUACCAAAUUUUCAGCGACUCAGAAAACCCGCUAUUAUCAAACAUGAUGGAAAGAGAAAUGAAGAAAAUUACAAUUCACCUUCAAAUGAUCAUCGACGUUUGCAAAGAUAUGGAAGAUAUUUUCUGUUUCGGGACUUUAGCUCAAUCUUUGGUCACACUCUUUGCUAUAAUUUCCUGCUUCUACAUCAUGUCUUACGAGCCUCUUUUCAGUCCAAAUUUCAUUGCACAACUUGACUAUUGCGGCGGAGUUCUCAUUCAAUUGACAUUUUGCUGCGUCUAUGGGAAUGAAAUUACAUUGAACGCUCAAUACGUGAUGAUUGGAAUAUACGAAUCAGAUUGGUUCGCCGCCAACACGUCUUUCAAGAAAUCGAUGAUCAUGAACAUGAGGAGAUUGCAGAAACCUAUUGUCUUGACCAUCGGCAAAUUCUACCCACUCACGCUCACAGCUUUAAUCGCAGUGAUUCGAUGCGGAUUUUCUUAUUUCACCGUGUUGAAGCAGACUACGUAAAAGACAAAAUUAUACUCUGCAUAAUAUUACAUAAUA